AUGAGGAGGCCAAGAUCCUCUAUUCGAUUUAUGCACCAUAGGGUCUGGAUAUUAUCCCUUGUGAUAUUAUGCUUCAUUGUCUGUUACAUUGAGGUGGACGUGGUACCUAAGGAUGAACAACACGAAGAUCCAGAGCGCUUGAGGCUCCUGCAGCGUGAGCUCCAGGUAAUUGACGACGAUGAUGGAAUAUCUUUACGGCAAACGAUUCUGCCGACCUUGAUUUUGACACCCGCGCCGACUAGUCCAACAGGGAUACCUUCCACGUCCCCAAGUAAUUUUCCAACUAUUUUCAGUGAAGCACCUUCCGAGCCGCCUUCUACAAGCCCUAGUGAACAGCCGUCGACCUCUCUAUCCCCUUCGCAGUAUCCAUCAUUAUCAUUGCAGCCCUCUCUUUCCCAGAGACCGUCUUAUUCACCCAGUGUAAUGCCUUCCAAAACACCUACAAUGCGACCCACAAAAUCCCCAACCACUAUGCCUUCGGUGGAACCGUCGUCGUUGCCGACACCUUCACCGUCAAACACUCCCACUGGUUCGAUCGGGCCUUCCGCACAGCCUUCCUUUGAACCAACAAAUUUCCCUACAGUUUCAUUACGGCCAUCGCUGAUGCCUUCCAUAAGCGCACAGCCAACUACGACUCGAGAGCCAACAAACCUACCUUCCAUAUCCCCGACACUCUAUCCAACAGCGAGCCCUUCGAUAAUGCCAACCCCACUCCCACCUACUCAGAGUCCUUCGGGUACACCGUCGCAAAUUCCUUCGCUUUCCCCCUCAUUGCAACCGUCGACUAUUCCUACAAUGUUCCCAACACUCAGUGUUUUUCCAGUGGUCGCACCCAGUGUCACAAUGGUACUGGUUGGGUUUCCAGCGAGGCUGAGUGACAUACAGCAAGAAGAGUGGGAGAAUAUGACCAGUGACCAUGUUCUGCGAUUCUAUCAAAAAUUUAAUGAGAUUGAUCGGGGAGUGAUACCUGUCAAUGUUACCAACGUUACUACUGUCUUCCUGGAGCAAAGCUACCAACCAGAAGAUGGACGAUUAGAGAUUGAGUAUGAACAAACAUUGGUGUUGGGAAAAUUUAGAGAGACUGAGAAUGACGAGGUCUUGUUUGUAGCUCCGUUUGUCGAGAAUACCCAGGACUAUGUCAUUCAACUACUCACAACGUGGGAUUUUGACAACUUGAUUGCCUUGCGAUCGGUCGUUGUUGGGAAAGGAAAUGGCACCCAGGCUCCUGCACCUGCGGAUGAUACAGGAAUUUCCUCUGGUGGACUGGCUGCACUAGCAGUAUCCAUUGUUUUGGGGGCCUGCGCCGUUGUCGGAUUCUUGUUUUGGGACAAGAAGGAAAAGUGGGGCUUUCGACGGCAAAGUCAACAACCCCCGCAACCGGCAUCGCCUAUUCGCGAGGGAGUACAAGAGUCUGAAAGGAUGAAUGGCGACCGUGAAGGACGGGUGCACGAUUCGCAGGGAUGGAGGAGUGGUGGCCGAGAUGGAACCUUUGGCUCUCAGGGAUGGACAAAUACUCAACCACGCACACCUCCUCGGUACGACAGUAGUACCAUGCCCACCGCUGCUAUGCUGAGUGCCGAUGGUGGAUCUACAAUUGAUCGAAUGUCUCUUGCGACAGGUAGUCAUCAUGGGCGACUCCAAUCUCGGAACACCAACGUUGCUCCUAUUUCAAUGCGAACAGGUGUGUUUGGCCGUGUUCGGGACGAAUCUGAAAUUACUGUGACAGACAGUGAUGGUGGACUUGCAUCAGAUACAGGUAGUGAUGGUUUUGUCAUUGAUCCUCCAACUCUUCCCUCUAUAGCGGACGUUGCCGAAACCUUUUUACCUGGGACAAAUGUUGGUGCGCUAUCACCAAUGCAUAUUCCCGACGAAGAGGAAGAAGCUGCCCAUCACGAGUAUUCGUCUAGUCAAGAGAUGCUAGGUUUGGCUCGACCUCAUUCUUCACCACCUGUGUUUGGGUUCUCUAUGACAAUACAAGAGUUGGAGUAG